CGCGCGUGCACACAGAUGCGCGCACACUGACUUCAAGCAGCACCUUGGCGCUGAGGAAACAGACAGGGCACUCAUCUCUCUGCAUGUUCUCGUUUGCCUGCUAUGUAAGUGGACCUGCUUGGAAGGGGGACGCACUUGCCGGCCUGGACCAUGAGCAAUGAGUCGGCCGUCUGGAACAACCUAACAGAAAGCGCCACAGAGCUCCCCCUGGAGCCUGGGGUGCAGGAUGGCGCCAUCCUGCUGCUGGUCCUCCUGUCCAUCUUCCUGGGGGGGACGUUGGUCCUUGUCUCUGUCCUGCUGAUCACCUGCCGUCGCUGCUGCGAUGGGGAUCGUCUCUAUGCACAGUUCAUUCUAUGCUUCAGAGCCAGAGAUGAUCCAGAGAAAAUAACCACCCCCUAUCUCGAGGAGACCCAGCCAGUGCAUGAAAUCACAAUCCGCGUGGACGAGGUGGAGUGUGUGUCCGCAGGCAGUUCCCACGAUGAGGAGACCGAGCGCUUCCUCUCCACAGGAACCACGGGCCGCCGGGUGUCUUUCAACGAGGCAGCACUCUUUGACCAUGGCAAGAAAGCGCAGGAGAAAGGUCGAAGGUACACACUCACCGAGGGCGACUUCCACCACCUGAAGAACGCCAGACUCACCCACCUCCACCUCCCUCCGUCCACGCUCAAGAUCGUCACCAUCCACGAGUGUGAGACAGCGGAGAACAGCAUCGCCAUGGCAACCCGCCCCGUCACUAAAUCUAGCCUCUCCAUAUUCCAGCCUCUGCUGUGCCCGGUGCCACAAACUGCCCUCAUCAGCCUGAGCGGUAGUCCCAGUUCUGCCUUGCCAGGUGACACCCUCAAUUCCACUGUGGAUACCACGUUCUGUGAGAGCCCACCAGCUCUUGGACCUGAGCCUCCGAGCCCUAGCCUGGAAAUGCUUGGUACCCCCACUCAGAUGGAAAUGAGAGGGGCCAGGAAUGGAGGCAGCCCAGGGAGUGGCCGGGAGAGGCUGUCUGUCUCAGCAGCUCGGCCCUGCUCAUUGGUCAGUGGCCCUCAGGGCCCAGUGGUGCAGUUCUUCACCAAGCUUCGACGCCAUGCCAGUCUGGAGGGCGCCAGCCCCUACUUCAAGAUCAAGAGAUGGAGGUUUGGCAGCAGCCAGAGGGCGUCCAGCCUGGAUACCAGAGGUUCCCCCAAGAGAAGGCCGUUCCAGAGGCAGCGUGCAGCUAGCGAGAGCACGGACCAGGACGAGCCGGGCACCCGCCACAUCGACCUCAUCCAGUACAUCGCCCGCACUAAGGACGUGGCCUACUGCCCGAGCAGGUCGCCGGCUCCGCCUCCGCCCCGCCUCCUCUCCCCCACGACCACGCCUCCACCGUCCCUCGGCAGGUUAGAGGUGGAGGUGAUGGUGGAGCCUAGCUACAUCAGGGCUACAGGGCCCGGGGCUAUCGGCACUAGUGCCGAGCCCCAAGACGAGGCUCUCGGGGUGUGCUGUCGUCAGGACAGCAUGGACCCCCAGAGCCUGUACCGUGACAUCUGGACCCUGCGUGCUUCUCUGGAGAAGCACGUCUCCUCUGACCAGAGCAGCAACAAUGACAAGGAUUCAGUGCACAGCGAUGCAGACAGCGUGUGCUCUCUUAGGAUGAGGACAGUAAAGAUGGAGCUGCGCAGACACCCUUCCCAGGACAUCGGGGACGGGACGGAGCGCGACGGCGAGCUGUCCCGGGACGAGGCUCUGGAGAAACCACGCAAGCAGGACAGCUGGGAUUCGGAGAGGGGCAGCGAUGGAGAAUCGGGGACCCGGAAGCUCUUGCAGAUGGACAGCGGGUACGCUUCCAUCGAAGCCCCGUGCCGUACUUCGGAAGAAGCGCAGCUGCUGUACGGCAUCGGCGAGGACGGCUCGGCCGGGGAACGCCGACGCUGCUUCACCAGCUCCGGUCAUCGGGGGACUGUGUGUGAGAGCUUCGAUACAGACAUCUUUGACGAGGAGCUGGAAGAGGAGCCCGUGGGUGCCAGUGGGGGCAGCGACGGAGUGGCCGAGCUGGAUGAGGGCAGCAUGGUGUGGUCGCCGUACGGACAGAUGUUCACUCAGCCUGACAGACGGGCCCAUGUGCCUCCCCUCUCGCGCCGGGACUACAGCAUAGAUGAGAAAACGGAUGCGCUCUUCCAUGAGUUCCUGCGCCACGACCCCCAGUUUGACCAGCAGGGGUCGCCGCUGCGGCCCAAGCACCGCUCCCGCGUGCACCUGCGCAAGCAGUGGCAGCGCUCCAAGCAGCACAGCGACCCCGGCCAGCGCUUCCAUACGUCCUUCGACCGGUACCGGGUGCCGCUCCGCCGUGGGGAGACCGUCAACUACCCCCUUGAGAGCAGUUACCACAGCACGCUCCCGCGGAUCGUUAGCGCCCCGGACGAAGAGAACAGCGAAGGCUCGGCCGGCCUACCCGACACGCCAAAGACCGACCAGAGGUCAGCGGCUUCUCACAAGGCUGCCGUGAGGGAUGGGUCUCCCAGCACUGACAGCAGUGGACAUUCUAUAACUGACAGCACUACGGACCAACCAGAAGUCCCGGCUGAGGAGUCCGGACAGACUGGCCCGCCCUCUGAGUCGGCAGGCGAGUUUUCGCCCCCGCAGCUGUCUGGGAUAGGGUGCGGCCCCCAGACUGUCUCAGCCGAGCUGAGCGGUAAGCUUGCUGCCAGCCUCGAGGAGCGCCUCUACUCGGGCCUGCACAGGAGCAGGGAACAGACAGAGCGCACGCUGACUGCCACGCACGCCUCACCAGACCACAGCCCAGUGUAGCACAUGGCUCCACUCAUCCCCACCAACAACACACUCCCAUCUGCAGGGGUUUCAGUGUCCAAAGGCUUGGUGGAAAUCUCCCUCAGAAACUCAUCUGGAACCAGGUUGCAUUGUCACUUUAGGGCUAGGCUUAUGAGAGAGGGAUGGGGAAAGCAGGUCCUCGGUCAGCUUUUAAGAGGAAUUCCUACCUAUUUUAUCUCCAGUAUUGAGUAAGUGGAGAUCAAGACCCUUACCUCACCAUAUGACAUGACAUUAUGUUAAUUUUGUACAGUAUUACAAUGUGUCGGUUACUGCUUUUUUUCAGGCUCCAUUUAGUUGUGUGUUGAGCUCAAAAGCCAAUAUAUUAUCUGCACUAGGUAAUCCACUGUGAAAUUGGGUGCUAUUUGACUUUCGAUUAAUUGUGUCUUCUUGCAUUGAUUUGCCAUAUUUCUGUUCUGCACCUCCAUUCACCAUCUCCCCAUUUGGACAAAACGUUCUUAAUUCGCUAUGAUCCAAUGACCAAAUGUGCUUCUCUUUUCAUCUGUUUGCAAAUGCAAAAUCAUUUAGCAAUAUUUUUGCAAAUAUGUUUUCCCUCUUUUGUGGCAAUGCUUGACUAUUGUUAGUAGGGUUUCAACCUUAUAGUUGGACCUGCCAUUGGAUCUGUUCCGUCUAAGUUUGUAAAAGGCAAUCCUAGCAUAUGGACCAGUGAGCACAAAUGAUGCCUAUCAAUAAUAUCAAUAAUAUCUAUCAAACCCCUUGAUUAAUGUCCUGAGCCAGUGUGCUACAGAUCCAGUCCUUCAACCAAUGCUCCGGUUCAAUCCCCUGGUUUAUCAGUCUGGCUGUAAAAUAAUGCAAAAUCUCAUUAAUUUAACAGGAUGAAUUGAGGUGUGUAUGCUGCACUGCUGUGAUGUGAGUGUGACCUCGAAGUAUGCAUGUUCAUCUGAGGUCCUGGAAGCACGGUGUUCCUCGUGAAGUGUCCUUCUCAUUUACAGUGUUGUGGGUUAUCCCAGAACUGCUGAGAUGAGGCAGUGGUAGCUCAGUGGUUAAAGUACUUGACUAGUAAUAGGAAGGUUCCUGGUCCCACCACUGCCAGGU